AUGGAUCUGCCCGGGGUCAAGGUGCUUGUCUCGCAGAACCUUGUCCUUGUCGUCAUUUACUGGCACUACACCGUGCCGCCGGUCGCGUGGUCUGAGCGUAUCGCCGUCUCGGUCUUUGGCGCCGCGCUCGUCCUUGGUAUGAUCCUCUCCACCAUCCCCUUGGCCUGCGCCGUCCGCAUCCCUGCGAUCAUCGCCAACUUUGCCAACGGCCAUACUGGCCCGCUCUCGCCCAUCACCUUUGUCCUCAACUUUGGCGGCUUGCUCGCCCGCGUCUUUACCACUCUCACCCAGGUCAACGACGUCUGA